CUAAGCCUUCCCUCCGCGAACCGGCUCCCCUCCCCACAGCAACACGGCUUCCCUUCCUCAGCUCAGCGACAGGGGCUUGCCCUCAGCCGCCGCCGCCGCCGGCCAAGCCCCGCCGCGCUCGCGGCCCGCGGCCGCCAUGCAGUUUAUGUUGCUUUUUAGUCGUCAGGGAAAGCUUCGACUGCAGAAAUGGUAUGUCCCAUUAUCAGACAAAGAGAAGAAAAAGAUCACAAGAGAACUUGUUCAAACCGUUUUAGCACGGAAACCUAAAAUGUGCAGCUUUCUUGAAUGGCGAGAUCUGAAAAUUGUUUACAAAAGAUAUGCCAGUCUGUAUUUUUGCUGUGCUAUUGAGGAUCAGGACAAUGAACUAAUUACCCUGGAAAUAAUUCAUCGUUAUGUGGAAUUACUUGACAAGUAUUUUGGCAGUGUGUGUGAACUUGAUAUCAUCUUUAAUUUUGAGAAGGCUUAUUUUAUUUUGGAUGAGUUUCUUUUGGGAGGGGAAGUUCAGGAAACAUCCAAGAAAAAUGUCCUUAAAGCAAUUGAGCAGGCUGAUCUACUGCAGGAGCCACGUCAUGAAUAUUUUAAUGUCCCUGUGUACUAAAUGACUACUCAUCGUGUGUGCAGAAUUUCACAGAGGAAAUAGAGAGCUGAUAUGCUUAUGAAAGAAAAUAUCCUCAGCUUGGUGACUGAUUACUUUAUAUAGUAAUAAUAGAACAUUUCAGAACCAGUACUUUUACAAUUGUAACAUUUUUCCUGUUUCUAUCCUCUUUUCUAUUUUAUUUUCAUUCUAUAUGUGAUCUUGAUACAACUUUUUCCUGCUUACAACUGGUUUAAUUUUUCUUGAAAAAAUAUGACCUAUGACUUUUGAGUAAUGUUUCAUCUAAAACACAUACAUGUCAUCAUUUAUGAACUAUCUGUGAUUAAUCUUGUAAGAGGAAAACCUAACAGUCAUUAAAAUAUUUACCAAAGAAAAUAUAGCUGAAAUGCUAGGUCAAAAUAAGCAGUGCCAUAGUGUAUAGCAUGGUUUGGUCUUCACAUGUUGAGGGGGCAGUACUAUGUUUAGGGUGAUUAUAUUACAGUCUGUAUGAGCUGUUGUUUUCUAAUGUAUCACAUAAAAGUGUAUUUGGAAAUAAUACAAGAAAGUAAAAUCUGUACUAUUAUACACUAUUUAAUGUAAAACAUUCACAAUUUUUAAGGAAUUUGUAAUACCACAUGUAUUGAAUCACACUUGUGCUAUAUACAACGGUAUCAAACAGUCUCUUUAAGAACUAUCAGAAAGCUAUGUCAGGAAAGUCUAUUCAAUAGUGAGUAACCCUUUCAGAGUAUUAAUAUGGAGUUUAUUUUCUAUAGUUCAAAUUCUAAUAUUGUUUAAAUACCAAUAUUUUAUUAGUUAUGGUUUUAUAAUUGCCUUCAUUUAGAUACUUAAUGAUUUGUUAAAUAUGGUUUUAUAUUUCUGAAUAUUAAAACUUUUAAUAUUGAUCAUUUUUGUGUAUACUUUUAAUAAAACAUGCAACAUAUUUUAUUAUAAAGGGGAAAGGAUGAAAUAAUUCAUUGUUUAUAUCUAGAGAGCUUAAAGCCUGAGUUAAGUAAGCUACCAUUAAACAGUAAAUUCAACAGAUGCUCACACUGGUUUACCACUAAAAGAAGACAUGUGAAAAUGUGUAUUAGGCAGGUAUGCAGAUCAGUUAUUUCCAUUCUUACCAUUCUCACUGUACUGCAUUACAUUUGAAGCACCUGGAUGGGCUAUCAAAUGAGAAAUUUAGCAUUAUACGUUGAAAGCAUUGGGAAACAUUGGUCUUCAUUUCCAUUUUUUCCCUCUACCCCUCCCCCAGCCCUUCAACUUGUCAUUCAUCUGGUUUUAAUGGUGCAUAAAUAUACAUUGUCUCAUGCCUGUUUGCUUUGGAUGCUAUGUGCCAAGCUGUAACAAAAUGUUGCUUCUUUUGUUAUCUGUAUACAGCUGCUUGCUUUAAAUUAGUAGAUUCUGAAAUAGCUUUCCUUGCAUGUCUAAAAUAAAAGUAUUGCAUGUACUGUCUCAUGUGAAUGACUUUUUUAUCCUUUUGAUAAAAAAUAGAUUUCAUAGUUUAGUUUUUACAGGUAAUUUUAAAAAGUUGUGGUUAAAAAAUAACAAAAUUUAUUAGCUUAAGCAUUUUUAAGUGUACAAUUCAGUGAUGUUAAGUAUAUUCACAUUGGUGUGCAACAGAUCUCCAGAAGUUUUUCAUCUUGCAAAACAAAGUCUGUACCCAUUAUAAACAACUACUCCUUACUUCCCCUCCCCUCAGCCUUUGGUAACCACCUUUUACUUUAUGUUUCUAUAAAUUUGACUACUUUAUAUAAUAGUUUUUCUAGGUAAUUUUGAGCUACAGUUUGAGUGUGAAUAUGGGAAAAUUAAUUUUAUAUUAUAAAUACAAUUGGUAAAAAAAUUCAAAUGUACUAUUUGUGCAAGUCUCAAAGGAAUAAAAUGUGUAAGUGAUACUUUCAAUCUAAGCCUUUUAGAAAGGACAGAUUUUUGAAAUAAUGCAUAUUUGAUAAGCAACACGGUUCUCUUCAAGAAAUACUAUAUAAGAUUGCAGACAGUCAGUGCACAUAGGGAAAAUCUGACCAGCUCCAGGGAAUAGGAUGGGGGGACAUUUUUGCAUGGAUAAGCUAAGAAUAUUAACUCAAUAGAAUUCAAUGUAGGCAUCCUUUUAAUAGGUACAUUAAAGGUUGUAUGACAUUUUAAAAAUUAUUUAACAUUAAAUGGAAAUGGUUAUUUUUAAAUUGUCUCCUUUAAUAUGUGUGAUUCAGAUGUCAGUCUUGCAGUAUAUUUAAUGUUUAAGGCUCAACAUAAAUGAAAGAGAUUGGCUUAUAUCACUCUUGGGAGUGUUGCAUCAUUUCCAUGAAACUUUCUUUACAAGCUAUAUUAUGAAAACUCUGAGACAUGCAAAUAGAAUAAUAUAAGGAACCCUCAGUCACUCAGUUUCAACAACCAUCAACUCAAUACUGCAGUUGUUUCAUAAAUCACCACCCCACCCUACUCCACCUUUUUUGCCUGAGUAUUUUAGAGCAAGCCCUAGACAUCCUAUCAUUUCAUCUUUGAUACUUCAGUCUGUAUCCCUAAGAGAUAAGUGCCACAACCCCCCCCUGCAAAAUGACAGUAAUUCCUAAUAUCUUAUUCUUGGUUUGUUUUUUUCUAAUUGUCUGAAUAAUGCAUUUUUAUAAUCGGUUUGUUAGAACCAGAUUCCAAACAAGGCUCACACUGUAUCUGGUCUCUAAGUUUCUCUUAAUCUUUAACAACGCCUCUGCUUUUUCCCUCCCUUACCUUUUUUUUUUU